UGAUGACAGUGAGUGACCUACAAACAAGAGCUUAACUACCUUAACUUCAGCCGCACUGCAGAUUAACACCACCGGAGCCCCUGAAGGAGCCACACUGCUCCCUCCGCCGCCUCCCCUCCCCUCCCAAACAUGACACAUGAAGGUGGGACGAUAUGGAGGAGGAGCAGGGGUUGUCUGGACAUCAUGAUGAGGGAAUUGAUACACAAACUGUCUCAGAGGAAGGGAAGGGUCAGCCCAAAAGGCACCCUGAGGUGGAGGUACAGUGGGAGAGUCAUGGUCGCUCUCUGGAGGUGUGAUUAGUUGGAAUCAGCAGCUCUGGCAGGCAGACGGGUGAGAGGAGGAGACCGGUCUGAGUUUGGUUUCUACUGGGUGCACUGGACAUGGUGAUAAACUGGUGAUGAGCCUGACUGCAUAAAAUUGCUCAGCUGAAUGUACAGAGAAAACUGAGAGCGAAGAGACACAAAAAGUCAGACAACAAAGACAAGAAAGAAAAAAAUCUAAAAUUGAGAGAUGGAUAGUCAAGACAAGGGAGGAGGUACAGGAGGAGGAGGAGGGCAGACAAAAGAAAAACAGAAAGCUGAGGAGGUUGGCGAUGAAGACAAGCAGACCAAAGACAAGCACAACAAGCUGGAGAAGGAGGGCAGCGAGAAGGAGCCGAGCGGAGAGGUCAAGAGGGAGAACCGUCGCUGGAGGAGCGGCUGGGCUCUGAGUGAGCGCCUGGCCAUCAACGUGUCAGGGAUGCGUUACGAGACUCAGCUCCGCACCCUCGCCCAGUUCCCCGACUCUCUGCUGGGUGACCCCCGGCGGCGUCUGCGCUACUUCGACCCCCUGCGGAACGAACUCUUCCUGGACAGGAGCCGCGUUGUCUUCGAUGCCAUCCUGUACUUCUACCAGUCAGGCGGGAGGCUGCGGAGGCCUGCCAACGUCCCUCUGGACAUGUUCCUGGAGGAGCUGCGCUUCUACGAGCUCGGGGAGGAGAUCAUCGACCGCUACAAAGCAGAUGAAGGCUUCCCCAAGGAGGAGGAGAGCCCCUUACCCACCAAUGAUUUGCAGCGUCGCCUGUGGAUGCUGUUUGAGUAUCCGGAGUCCUCCGGUGGAGCUCGGAUCAUCGCCAUCAUCAGUGUCAUGGUCAUUGUGAUCUCCAUUCUCAUCUUCUGCCUGGAGACUCUACCUGAGUUCAGGCACGAGAAGGAACAGAGGGAGCAAUUCACCACCAUACCCCACCCCACCAUAGCAAACGAAACCAUCUUGAUCCCACCUGGCUUCACUCCCUUCCAGGACCCCUUCUUCAUCGUAGAGACUAUCUGCAUCAUCUGGUUCUCCUUUGAACUCAUCAUGCGCCUCACCUGCGCUCCGAGCAAGGUGCAUUUCUUCAAAGACGUCAUGAACACCAUCGACUUUUUCGCCAUCAUUCCUUAUUUCGUCACACUGGGCACAGAGCUGGCCAAGGACAGAGGCGCGCAGCCAUCCGUGUCCUUGGCCCUCAUCAGGGUCAUCAGGCUGGUGAGGGUCUUCAGGAUCUUCAAGCUCUCUCGUCACUCCAAGGGCCUCCAGAUCUUGGGCCAGACGCUGAAGGCCAGCCUCAGAGAGCUUGCCCUGCUCAUCUUCUUCCUUUUCAUCGGAGUCAUUAUCUUUUCUAGUGCCGCUUACUUUGCCGAGGUGGACAGUCCUAAGACAUCGUUCACCAGCAUCCCUGAGGCGUUCUGGUGGGCUGUAGUUACCAUGACGACGGUCGGCUACGGGGACAUGUACCCGGAGACGGUCGGGGGAAAGCUGGUGGGCUCCAUGUGCGCCAUCGCCGGCGUGCUCACCAUCUCUUUACCAGUGCCCGUCAUCGUGUCCAAUUUCAGCUAUUUCUACCACCGCGAGAUGGAGUGUGAGGACACUACCCAGUACCACCAUGUCUCGACGUCACUCUGGGAAAAGGACGGACAGGACGAUGAAGAGGAAGAAGAUGAGGAAGGUGUGGACGAGGGGCAUGAAUACAUGGGAGAUCAUGCACCCCUGUACGGGCAGAAUAACAGGGGUAUCUGCGCUCCGCUCAAUGGGACUCUCCUGGCAGGGCUUUGUGCCGGACAGGCCGCUGGUGAUCAGAGAGGGUUAAACUUCUACCUCAAAGAACCUCUGGUCACUCAGGUUUGACAGGGAGCAGGACGGACUGAGUGUUUUCAGAUUAACAGUCAAACACUGCCUCACAACAAGAACUGGAGAGCACGAAGAUGGAAAGAUACUGUUUAACUAGACAGCAGAGUGAUACAGGAUAUGUACAAAAAGACUUGCAGAGACAUAAGCCCUGAUUUGUGCCUCUCACAGGAUCAUGGUUCAUACAUUUGAGGCUUUUGGAUGUUUUCCUCAAUAAAUAAAAGCUAAUCUUUGAAAAACCCU